AAGGUGAUCUAAUAACAUUCUUGAAAUAACAAUAAUACUGAUAGAUACUGCAGAUGUGUUUUACUUGUCUGCAAAAACUAUUUUUAACACUGGUCAGCUAAAUGUUUAAACUAUUGAAUUAUGCUUAUCAGUAUAUUACUGCCCUUUUGUUGUUUUUAAUGGUGAAAUAUGCUAAUGACUUGUACUCCACAUUCCAAUAAAGCUUUUCUAUUGCAUAGAAUGAGAAGCUUUCAUGUGCGGAUUAGCACUGAAACAACGGUUUCUUCAGUCCUCACAAACCAAGCAGAAAACAUAAUUAGAGAACAUAAUCCAGGCCGAUGCUUUUCCAGCCCUUCAUUCCCUCAGUCACCCCGUAACCUUCUACAGCCCCUAAACGCACACACAGUUUUAUGAUCUCUUUCUAGGACGGGGGAGUCUGGACUUCAGAUUUUUUUCAAGCUGCAUGAUUUUGUUUGAACAGAUGUGAAUGUUAGACAGAACUGAAGCCUGAGUGGUGUAUAUACAGUUUAUAUAAUCAUGUGUGACGAAGAGAUGACAGCUGGAUUUCUGAACGCUUCUGCUGAGAAUGUAUAUGAUGAAAAGAGCGCUUUCUCACAGACAGAACACAAUAUUGUGGCUGCAUACCUCAUCACAGCAGGAGUGGUCAGUCUGUCUAGUAACAUUGUGGUGCUGCUGAUGUUUGUCAAGUUCAGAGAGUUACGCACUGGCACAAAUGCUAUCAUCAUUAAUCUGGCUUUCACUGACAUUGGCGUAGCCGGUAUUGGUUACCCCAUGUCAGCAGCCUCAGACCUGCACGGGAGCUGGAAAUUUGGAUACAUGGGCUGCCAGAUCUAUGCUGCCCUGAAUAUAUUCUUCGGAAUGGCCAGUAUUGGGCUGCUCACUGUGGUUGCCAUUGACCGAUACCUUACCAUAUGUCGACCUGACGUAGGACAGAAGCUGUCAACAUUGUCAUACACACUUCUAAUUGUGGCCGCUUGGCUGAAUGCUGUGUUUUGGUCAGCCAUGCCCAUCAUUGGUUGGGCAGGAUAUGCCCCUGACCCCACAGGAGCCACCUGCACCAUCAACUGGAGAAACAAUGAUGCAUCUUUUGUGUCCUACACAAUGACUGUGAUCACUGUCAACUUCAUCAUUCCACUGUCAGUCAUGUUCUACUGCUACUACAACGUCUCGGUUACUGUGAAGAGGUUCAAAGUUAGUAACUGCCUAGACAGCAUCGACAUGGAUUGGUCUGAUCAGAUGGAUGUCACUAAGAUGUCCAUUAUAAUGAUAGUGAUGUUCCUGGCUGCCUGGUCUCCAUAUUCGAUUGUGUGUUUGUGGGCAUCGUUUGGUGACCCCAAAAAGAUUCCAGCACCAAUGGCCAUAAUUGCCCCACUCUUCGCCAAGUCCUCCACCUUUUACAAUCCUUGCAUCUAUGUCAUCGCCAACAAAAAGUUCAGGAGAGCCAUCACUGGAAUGUUACGAUGUCAAACACGACAGCGAAUGAAUAUAAGCAACCAGCUUCCAAUGACAGCGUCUUCUGUGCCACUCAACCCUUAAAUCAAGAGCGAAUCACAUAUUUAAACAUUCAUAAAACAUCAGCGCUGGACGCUUUCUGUCUGCUCCACUGUUUUAACACCACUAGGGCAUGAUUACUUUAUGGAUGUAAAGUGUUCUUGAACAACUGGCAUUGACUUCCUUUAACCUUGCUAUUCAGUAUCUAAUCUGAUGCUUGUUACGUUGUUAUGUCUACUGCAAAUCUUGUGAAAUUGUUGUUCUUGAUACUGUAUGUACUCAAAAUGUUUUAA